AUGGCGGUGGCUGAGGCACAGCUGUACUCAAAGGUGUCCAACAAGCCCCGGGGCAGGGGCACCUCUGCCCUCCUGGAGCCUCUCCUGGCCAAAGGAUUCCCGGCUCAUCUCGCGCAAAAAGCUUUGGUUGCUACUGGACAAAAGACAGUAGAAGAUGCAGUAAAAUGGCUGCAUUCCCACUGCAAUGACCCCUCCCUGGAUGACCCAAUCCCCCAGGAAUAUGCCCUGUACUUGUGCCCCCGGGGCCGCCUGCACAGCCGCCUGCAGGACUUCUGGAGGGAGAGCAAGCGCCAGUGCGGCAAGAACAGGGCCCACGAGGUCUUCCCACACAUCACCCUCUGCGACUUCUUCACGUGUGAAGACCAGAAAGUGGAAUUAUUGUAUGACGUCUUAAAGAAAGUGGGUGACAGCUUUUCCCAGAUCUUUCCACCAUCCAUUUUCCUAACACUACAUGCAUCUCCCAGCUACCUUGGCUUCUUCAUUGAUGACAGCCAGGCAAAUGUCCUCAAAGACUUUGCUGUGGCAUUCUCAACAGAGGCUUCAGCCCUGGCAGACUGCCACGUGAAGCCCUCCUUGAAGCAGUUCCACCUCACCUUGGCUCACAGGUUUUAUCCUCACCACCUGAAGACUUUGGAGCAACUGGCCAAAUGCAUUAACCCAGGGGAGCCCUGCCAGUGGGUGGCUGCUCUCUAUUCACGGGACAUGCGUUUUGUGCAUUACCAGAGGCUCAGGGCCCUCUUCCAGUACAAGCCCCAGAACAUUGAUGAGCUGAUGAUCAACGCUGGGGACUUGAUCUACGUGGAUCCCAGGCAGCAGAGCGAGGCCGGCGAGGGCUGGGUGAUCGGCACCUCGCACCGCACCGGCUGCAGGGGCUUCCUGCCCGAGAACUACACCGAGAGAGCCCUCGAGUCAGACACCUGGGUCAAGCACAGGGAAUAUGUUUUUGACACAGCUUCAAGAUCCUUCACCAAAACAGAAAAGCAACCCAAUGUAAAGCCAAAUGGGGAAGCCCAUAAUCUCAGUAUGUCAAGGAGUGUAACCAAUGUUGUUUCUCUUCAGAACGCUGCCCUGAGGAGAGGGGUGCUGGUGAUGAGCCAUGGGGAAAGAGUGGAUCAGGUCUUUGGCAAGUCUUGGCUUCAGCAGUGCUUGACUGCAGAUGGGAAAUACUACAGAGCAGAUCUGAACUUUCCCUCCUCCCUGCCAAGGCAGAAAGACAGCAUGAAGCAGUUUGAAUGUGAUCCUCCUUUAUCUUGCUGUGGUAUUUUCCAGUCAAGGCUUAUAGGGGAAGCUCUGCUGGACCAGGAGGUGACAGUCAGCUACGUGUACUCGUCCCCUGCCCUGCGCUGCGUGCAGACAGCUCAGCAUGUACUGCAGGGGCUUAAAUUAAAUCAAAAAGUCAGAAUCAGGGUGGAACCAGGACUGUUUGAAUGGACCAAGUGGGAAGCAAGCAGAGCAAUCCCUAAAUUCAUGACUGUGGCAGAACUGGUGGAGGCAUCUUACGACAUAGACACCAGUUACAGGGGUAACUUCCCACUCUCCUCUCUGGUGCCAUCAGAAAGUUAUGAAGACUAUGUCAGCAGGAGCUCUGCGGUUAUCAAACACAUCAUCAGUGCCUGCCCCUGCAAAGGUGUCAUCCUCAUCGUGGGCCACGGCUCCUCCUUGGCAUCUCUCACCCGGGCACUCACAGGGCUCCCCAGCAGAGACAGCAGAGACUUUGCCCAGAUGGUGCAGAAGAUCCCUGCCCUGGGCAUGUGCUUCUGUGAAGAACAGAAAGAGGAGAACAAAUGGCAGAUGGUCAACCCACCAGUGAAGACAUUAACUCAUGGAGCAAAUGCAGCAUUUAACUGGAGAAAUACUAUCAUGGAAGAUUAAAAGGCCAUCUCUGCCUUUGCAGUUGUCAAAAAGGAGCCAAAGGCAGAUUAUGGUUCAUCACAGUCCAGUGAUUCAUCCAGAAGACACACAGAGGGUGGGAAAUGCCCUCUCUGAGCUGUCAAAGCACAGAAAAACACUUCUGAGUUUGGUGCUCGGAUUUUGUUUUUAUUUUGGUGACUGAGAAGAAUGAACUUGAGAGGUGGGGCUCAACUGAGAAAUAAGACUUUUGAUGGUGGUGAGAAAAGCACCUUUUAACCUUUCCUGAGCAUAAAAAUGUUUAAUAAAUAUGGAUAUAUAACUA